AAAAUAGAAAAAAUUGGAAACAUUUUGUAAUAAAUUAUAGGUGGCUCACGCCACACCUGACGUGUCAUGACCGUCAACCUCGGUUUGCUCGUCGUGCUGUUGUCCUCAAUCGUGACUUUGUCACAGUCGUCCAAAACCCAUGGGAAGCGUUUUAUCGACGAACAAAAAUACAAUUCGGACCAGAACGUCAAAACACUCGUGAAUAACAACAACGGAGUUCGAGUACCGCCAGGGUACCAUUCCUAUUCCGUAAUCUUCAUGAAAAAACCCAACUUUGAUAAGGUUCACGACCAACCACUUACCAAUGACCCCAAAGAUUUCAGCUUAAAUAGUUCCUUUUUUGCCUCUGGUACCAUUUUAAACACGCGCUGGGUCCUAACGAGGGCUAAACCCACCGCGUACUACUCCAAAGACAGUUACUGGAUAAUCUCCCAGCAGGCUAUUUCAACUCCAGUCGACGAAGACUUUCUCAAGAAACAUGAAGCAGACUUCGUUUUGAUCCAUCCAGAGCAUCAACCGGGAGACCCAGAAACCGACGUGGCUUUGGUGCGAAUGUCCAAACCCUUUGAGUUUAAUCUGGAAACGCGGAGUGCCGACUUAGGUUUCGACGAACCUCCGCCUUUGGAAAAUUGUAAGGCGGUGGUGUGGUCGUGGUUCUUCGAAAAAGACGACAAGAAAGUCGCCAGUAUGGAGAGAGGGGAAGUCAGCUUAAAUGUUAAAAAUCAAGAUUGUCCGGACCUGGGUAACAACUCCAUUUGUUUAUCGUCUGGAAGCAAGCAACAACCGUGUGGUAUCAAUUCGGGUGCUCCUGUAGUGUGUGGAGCUAUUCUAGUAGGGAUCUACACCGGUACAAAAAAUGGUACCAUUUGCGAACUUACUCCUUCACCAGGGUUGACUGCUUUGAGAGUAGACCAAGGCCAGACACGUGAUUGGUUGAACGACGUUUUUGCCUCUCCUGACUCGUUCCUACGUCCAGAGGAUGACGACGGAGUUGUAGUAAAAACCUGUAGUGCGAACUACACUACAGGACACUUUAUCUUGUUAAUACUUUUAUUGAAAUACAUUAUUUAGCAAGGAA